GCGAGAUUGGCUAGGAAGGAGCUGGGAGCGGGAUCGUUCAGUUUAGACUUGGGGGGCUUUGUACAGAGCGAUCUGAUAAUAAAACCUUCAAGAUGGACAGCAUGGAUGAUAAUACAACUGUUAUUUCUACUUUGCGAUCUUUCAAUAAAUUUCUUUCGCAACCACUGGAUACUCCUCCACAUAAUCUCAGUGCAUCCUCCUCUGCCGGGUCUUCGCUACAGAUGCAGUUUCAGCAGAAAUUUUUGCUUGAAGACCAGGCAGCUCAGAUCCGUACAAAAACACAGUUAAUUCAAGUGGAGCGCGAGAAGAUGCAGAUGGAUCUGAGCCACAAGCGGGCUCGUAUUGAACUUGAGAAAGAGGCCUGUACUAAUGCCAAGAAUUUUGAGCGUGAGGCUGAUCGAAAUCACAAGCUCCUAAGCCGCAUCAAGGCACUGGAGGAAAAGGAGACGGAUUUCCAGAACCGACUGCAGGAGCAGAACGAAAUGAUGAAAUCUUUUAAGAAAAGCUUUGAAUCACAGAGCAAGAAGACGCUGGAGAGGGAAAACAAACUGUCUGAGGCCAAUGAGACCAUAACUAUUUUAAAAGGGAAAGUGACUGAUCUUCAGUGGACCGUAAAGAACCAAGAAAUCCAAAUAAAGACACUGGAGAUGGAGAAGCAGGAAUUUUCCGAACAGCUGGAAGUUCAGAGCAAGAAAUUACAAGAAGGUAUCCAGAAAGCGCGAGCGUUUCAGGAGCUCGAGGUACUGAAUAUGGAUUUGGAACAGAAAAUCAAGGACUUGGAACAGAAACUGUUUGCGCAGGAACAGGACGCAGCAAUUGUGAAGAGCAUGAAAUCGGAGCUGUCCAAACUCCCAAAAUUGGAACGGGAGGUAAAGCAACUUCGGGAGGAAAAUGCAUAUCACAGAGAAAUGAAGGAAAAUAAUGCAUUACUGAAGGAAGAAGUUGAGAGUUUGCACAGAAAAUUGGAACGAUACGACCGAAUGAAGGAGGAGCUGGUGGCUUUAGAGAUCGAAAAAGAUAAACUUUUGAAGAAGCUGAAAGACUGGGAGAGUCUGGAGCUAACUGGUUUAAACAUAAAAACUCCAGAUGACCUCUCCAAACAAAUUCUUGCCGUGCAGGAACGCGAGAUCAAGUUAAAGGAGGAGAACUUGAAAAUCAUGAGCAGUGCACAGAAAUUGGAAACUGCAUGGAAGACCUUGCAAGAAGAGCUUCUGAAAGUCCAGAACAACUUCCUGGAAGAAAAGAAGAAGAGGGAACAACAAGACUCGCUAGUGCGACGUCUCCAAAAACGGGUUCUGCUGCUUAGUAAGGAACGGGAUGGAAUGAGGGCAAUCCUAGAUUCCUAUGACAGUGAAUUCACCACAUCGGAACACUCUCCACAGCUCAACCGCCGGCUACGUGAAGCUGAAGAGAUCUCGCAGAGGGUCCAAGCUCAGAAUUCUGAGAUGGAGGCACAGUUAUCCCAGGCCUUGCAAGAAAGUGGGAAUCAGAAACAGAGGGCUGAAAUGCUAACUGCAGAACUCAAACUCAUCAAGUCCCAGAUGGGGAUAUCCGACCCAAGCAAUUCAAUUACAAGCGAGACUCUAAACUCACUCAGGAUGAAAAUCGAGGAGCUGGAAGCUGAGCGUAGUAAGUUGGAAGAGCAGAACCGAAUCCUUGAGAUGAGGUUGGAAAGAGUGAGUCUUCAGGGUUGCUAUGACCCAAGCAAGACAAAAGUGAUCCAUUUGAGUCUGAAUCCUGCCUCUAAAGCCAAACAGCAGCGUAAGGACAGCAUGCAGCAUCUCCAGGAGGAAUGUGACAAGCUUCGAGAAAUUGUGAGGAUUUUGGAAGGUGGAGUGCAAAUCCCAGACAAGUUAGAGACUACUGCGGUUUUCCAAUCAUCACAAGAAAUUGCAGAGUUGAAGAAGCAAGUCGAGAGUGCAGAAUUGAAGAAUCAACGACUGCGAGAGGUGUUCCAGACAAAAAUCCAUGAAUUCCGAACUGUGUGCUACAUGCUGACUGGUUACCGCAUCGAUAUAACCACCGAGAACCAGUAUCGUCUCACAUCCAUGUACGCAGAGCACAAAGAAGACAACUUGCUUUUUAAGGCGGCCACCUCAGGAGGGAAACUGCAAUUACUAGAAACAGACUUCUCUUUGACCCUGCGUGACUUUAUUGAUCUCCACCUUCACCACCAGAACAGUAUUCCGGCUUUCCUCAGCGCCGUCACGUUGGACCUCUUCAGUCGCCAGACCUUUGCAUAGAAAUAUCCCAGAUUUUGUGUCAUUCAGCCCAUGACUAAUGGGGCACAUGGCCAUAUACCACUCAAUUAGUUCUAACCUAUUCUGACUGUUAAACACACUGGAUUUCUGUACAGGCAAUGUGGAUCGAAUGGAGCGUUUUUAGAAGUCACAUGACUUUUUGAUGAUGGACAAUCACUCCAACAUCAGUAAAUAUGUAGGGAGGGGUAACUUCUUUGAAAAUGAAUUCUUUAAAGUUUAUCUGUCAUGCAAAACAGACAUGGUCGUUCUUGAAAGAUGAUGCAUUUUAUUUCUGCAUUGUGCUAGCAAAUGUAUAGAUCAAACAUCACUUAGUACAGCAUUUCACAGCUUAUAUCUUUUGCCCUCAAAAUAAUUAAAUUGAUUUGUGAACACUUUGCCCUAGAGACUGACCCAGGGGCAUUAUUUAAACAUACAUGGCACAAUAUAGUGGCUGAGAAGACAAUUCUAGGUCAAAACAGAAUUGGAGUGAUACAUUUGCUAUUACAUUCAGUAGCACAAUAUAUGCAUUGAAUGUUAUUGCCUGCCUGGCGUUGUGAUAUUGAGGUAGUGGGUAGUGUCUUUUCCCUCCUUGUGUGGCCAUGCCGAGUUUUACUUCUUAACUUCAUUCAAUGACUGUUAACCCUUUGCUACGCCUGCUCUUGGAAUUAAGGCUUCCUGUGACGUAAAGGUCCCCAACAGCUGCUGGCCACCACAGACCUAGAUCACGUUUGCCACCAUAAAUAUGUCCAUUUAUUGUGUUACUACACAACAUGUGAAACUAAAUUGUGGCUUACAAUAUUACAUUUAUACUAAAUGCAUGAGCCUACUGCAUUCUA